AUGGAUGACGGAACUGGACACCUCCUUCGGCCUCACUCCAUUAUUGGUAUGGGUGCAUAUGGCACAGUUUUCAAGGCCUUUCGGCUCGCAAAAGAGCGUGCAGGAGACGAAGAAGCGUGGGAACGAGAAGGAAAACCGGUGGCAGUGAAGCAAACUAUUUUCUCGGAGGUUACCGAAGACAUUACCGUUGUGCUGAAAGAAGUUUCUUAUUUGAGCAACCUUCAGCAUCCCAACAUCGUCACCUACUACACCGCCUUUACAGGUCAGGGCAAACUCGAAAGCAUCUCGCAAGCCAAGCGAACCAGCGCAGAGUUAGGUGCGCCUACCAAGGAACCCGGGUCGAAGAGGAACGCAGAGGGAAAGGUACCAAAAUCAUCACUGAGCUUCUCCACUGAACCUUCUUUGUGUAUUGUUGAGGAGCUCGUGGAAGGCGCCUCCGUUGCUAAGGUAAUAAAAAUGGCUGCGGAGCAAAGUGUAAAGCAAAUGACGGAAGCGGAGAUAGCUGCGGUUGUGUACGAUGUUCUGCAAGCACUUUUGUACAUCCACGAGGAGUGUCAACUGGUCCACCGCGAUAUCAAACCCCUGAAUAUGUUGCUUGAUCGUAACGCCUCUUCUGUGAAACUUUGCGACUUUGGUACGUGCGCAGACCUGAGCCAGCAAGAUGGGCGGUUUACUGUCAUUGGUACCAUCGGUUGGAUUGCCCCCGAAGUUUUGGAUAGUGGAAUGAUGGACCAUCGCUCAGGGCACAUCACUUCCCAUAGUUUUCCGUCGGAUGUUUGGUCGUUAGGUGUCUCUGCAUUGGAGAUGACGCAGGUGGGGAUGACCAGAUCCGCUUUAUCAGAGUACAUCAAGGACCUCUCCGUUAUGCCAUGCUCUGUCCAAGAAACGGUGACGGGUUCGCGCAAGAGUUUUCUUCAGGAGAAGCUGCCAACUGGUCACCUACGUGACUUUAUUGCUUGCUGCUUGCGCAGGGAUCCGCAGAUACGCCCAAAAGUGCGCCAGUUACUUGAGCAUAAGUUAAUCGUAACGAGUGGCGUGGCAAAUGCGAAGGAACGCAGCGCUAAAAUAGCGGGUAUUAUCGCAGCAGUGACCAUCGCAGGGAAGAAAAAAAUCGGUAACAAUGAGAAGAUGAACGAUGAGGCAAUUGUUCUCCCACAAUUCGCAGAUUCAACGCUGACAAAGAACCGGUGCAUGGAGGCUGUUGCUGCCCUGAAGCGUGAGUUCUUUGCGGCACAGGCACCGUUGCUAGAAACUUCGCGGUACUCUUGGUGCACACCCUCCCAUAUUUCUCGGAUGACGACGUCGGAUGACUUCCGUAACCUGCCAAAGCCACCAAAGCUGCUGGAUCCGGAAAUGAGCACCAAUGCAAAAGUCUCUCUGCCAAGUCGCAGCUCUGAAGCCGCUAAGUCUCUCUUUGACGCGGUUGUAGUUCCAGCAACAGUAGAAAGUCAACGAACAGUGUUGAACAUUGUGGGUCAAUAUCGUAAAUUGGGUGGUGUACAUACCAGCGAUGGUUGGGCAGAUAUUGACAAUAGGGCUGCAGCUUGCUAUACAUUUGAGGAGCUGGCGUGCAAGAACAUCAAGCAUGAGACUUUUGUUCAACUUCACGAUGACCUUAUACGGUGCUUCAAGGCGUGUUGCAUGUCAAUUCCAGACUUUGAAGCAACCUUUCUUCCUGCCUUCUUGCAGGCGUUAACGUCGCCUGGGGAUUUGUAUGAUGUACGGCGGUUUAUCGCAUAUGUGCACCAGCUACAAAGAGAUGACCUCAGGCACACCUACCACGGCCGCCUCGAUGCUGGUGAUUCAAAAAGGGACGCGGCACGGAAAGCUAGCUGCUCCCAGCAACAACCACCAUUACCGAAUCUAACGGCGGCUGAUUGGAUGCGCUUUCCUAGAAUGCCUCAGUCGAUGGGGUGUAUAGGGACUAGUGGCAAUAUCGGUGGAGACAAGAGUGAUACGUCCACCGAUGGUCUACGGCAUCAGGCGCCACUAGUAAGUCCACCGGCUUAUUUAUACAAUAAAUGGUUGAAGGAGAAACAAGCAAGGGCUAUGGGUCCCAUAUGA